CUGCAGACCCCUGUGUCAUGAACAAAGCAUCCAGUAUUAAAAGGCCAGGAGGAUGUCCCUAACCGACAAGCUGGAGAGCCACUUUUCAGCAACUCCCUACAUGAUCACGGACACAAGCGAUGGUGGCCUGUUCAGAAUCAGACCCAACACCUCCAUCAAUGCCACCUGGGACAGUCCUCCAGCUGUCAGUUCCAUGGAGGACAUGAUUGCCAUCUGCACCAUUGGGACGAUCCUCUCCCUUAUGUGUGUAAUUGGGGUGACAGGCAAUGUCUACACCUUGCUAGUUAUGUGCCAUUACUUGCGAUCAUCUGCCUCCAUGUAUAUUUACAUCAUCAACCUUGCGCUGGCAGACCUGCUUUACCUUCUCACCAUCCCCUUCAUUGUUGGAACCUACUUCAUUCAGAAAUGGUACUUUGGGGACAUUGGCUGUCGCAUCCUCUUCAGUCUGGACUUCCUCACUAUGCAUGCCAGCAUCUUCACCCUCACAGUCAUGAGCACAGAGCGCUACUUUGCCGUGCUGAAGCCCCUGGACACAGUGAAGAGGUCCAAGAGCUACCGAAAAGCCAUUGCUGUUGUCAUCUGGCUGGUGUCACUGCUGCUCACCCUCCCGAUGCUCAUCAUGAUCCAGCUGGUGCAAAGAGACAACAAAAGUAUCUGCCUGCCCACCUGGAGCAAGCUGUCCUACAAAGUUUAUCUCACCAUCCUUUUUGGUACCAGCAUCGUGGGCCCAGGGGUAAUCAUUGGCUACCUCUACAUCAGAUUAGCUAAGAUUUACUGGGUGUCACAAACAGCAUCCUUCAAGCAGACCAAGCGGCUGCCGAAUCAAAAGGUGCUCUAUUUAAUCUUCACUAUAGUGCUGGUUUUCUGGGCUUGCUUCUUGCCUUUCUGGAUAUGGCAGCUCCUCUUCCAGUAUUAUGAAUCCUUCCCAUUGUCUCCCAAGGUGAUGAAGAACAUUAAUUAUCUGACAACCUGCUUAACCUACAGCAACAGCUGUAUCAACCCCUUCCUUUACACCCUGCUCACCAAAAACUACCGGGAAUACUUGAAGAACAGGCAACGGUCUCUUAGCAGCAGCAGUGGGUACUUCCAAAGGAGGAAUCGAUUUCAGAGAAUUUCGGGGAGAUCCCUUUCCACAAGCAGUCAGCACUGCACAGAGACAUAUGUUCUUGCUCAUGCUCCUUUGGGAAACAGCAGUGCCUGAAGGUAAAAUAUAUCCCCAAGAACAAUCAAUAUUGACUUCAAUGUUGCUUUGAUUUAAAGUGUACAUUGUAAAGGCGAGGCCUUAGCAGAUCCAUAAUGUGCACACAUUUAGUCCAGAGGCUGUGCCAUACGUCUCUUCUCAUUUCCUUCAGUGCCACUGAUUUGAUGCUAGCAACACUCAGCUGAACAUCUAUCUAAAUAGCCUUGUAUCUUUAUAUUUUAUAGUGUAUGUCUCCUCAAGUAGCCAUCAAUAAUGAAAGCCUAUAAUAAGGCCAUGAUUUUUAAUGGUAUCUGCUGUCUCACAGAGUUAAAAAUUAUGUUAUUUUGUGAAUGGCUGUAGUUUGUUCUUUUUAAAGCAGUAAUGCUCAAUUAGUAGUUGUAUGAGGACUGAAAACAAUGAAAUAAAGACAAAGCAGCUGAUG